GUUUGGUUUUGAUUGAUUAUUUACUAAAUUUGAUUAGUAAUCGCAAAUAAAGAUAUGAGAUCUACUACACUGUUCAUGUUUGCUUGUGCUAUCAUGUUACUUGUUCUGAGUCAGGUUCAAGAGAUGGAGGCUCGAAAGACGAAAGUGUGUGAGAAAACUAGUAUAUGGUCUGAUCGAAUUAAUAGGUGUAACGGUGACAAAAACAAUCAAAAUGCUGUGUGCGUGAAAGCUUUUGCUGACGAUGGAGUAAAAGUUUUCCAAUGCCGUUGUAGUCCUGAUGAAGAACUUCUUUGCUAUUGUCAUACUGCUUGCUAAGUUUACUUAUUUAUCAAUGGAAAACAUAAAUAAUACCUAAUGGU